AUGCUGAAGACAUUGAUUCAACUCGUUUUAACUCUCGCCAGUUUUGAACUAGGAUUUUCCUGCGAUAAAUGUUCUACAGGAAUAUUAAGUGGGAAUCUCCCACUCUACGCUAUCAAAUCGAUCCCCUUUGUCAAGAUCAAUGAAGGCUACUAUCACUUUGGACAGGAAAAGGUAAAUUGGUAUAGGGGCUACGAGAAUUGUCGCAAGCUGGGCUCCGAUUUGGUGGCCUUCGAAACCCCUCAGGAGUUUGAUGCCGUUAUUGGGUAUUUAAAAGGCAUGGGAGAUUGCUCAGACUACUGGACAUCCGGAAAUGACCUAGCCCAAACUGGCAGCCACAAUUGGUUUACCAAUGCUCUGCCCAUAAAUAUAAAUCGGUGGGCCAGAAGGCAACCCAACAACAUUGGCGGAAAUCAGCAUUGCGUGCACUUGGGCUACGUCUACAAAUCCUCAACGAACUUCCAACUAAACGAUUGUCCCUGCAAAAACCAUAAAAAAAGUUCAAUGAAAUAUGUGUGUGAGGUGCCGAUGCAAGGACCUACGUCAUUUGUGGUUGGAAAGUAGAAGAGACCGUAAUAAACAUUUAGCAACAAUUUUUA